AGCCGCAUCAUCAUCACUAAUGGCUACCUUGUUCAGAACGUGCGAAGCCAGGCUUUAUUGCUGACCAUGCCAUUCGGGUCGAUGUCUUCCGCUCUUCACAAGUGGGAAUGAAUCAGAAUGAUGCAAAUUCGCGCCGCCUCCGUGUGCCUGUCAAGUCUGGCCAUGUAGAUUCCCUCCUCCGCUCCCUCGACGCCCUUGUCUUCCUGCAGCUGGGAAUCGUCUACCUGUGCGACAAUCUGACCUUCUUCUUGAUACUGCGCGCAGCGUCGCAGGUCCUACAUGUCCAAUAUCGUCCACCUCCAUUGACCCCCGCAAUCCAACUCCCUCCUGUCGUAUUAGCGAACCUACUUUGCCUCUUCACCCAUGCCAUCUCGGCAGCGCCUCAGUCGACAGGAUGGGCGUCGCGAGGCUACAUUCACGGGGGUCUGAUCAUCGAUUUUGUGGGCGAACUCGGUCCGGUCUCGAAAUGGCGACUGGUGGGCAUGGACCUCAUGAUCUUCGCCCUCCAGUUUUUGAUUUUAGUCGUGGGCAACGAGAAGUUGAAGGAAAUCGGACACGUGGCUCCACAGGAACCAGCAAAUACACAAGAUCUUGAGGCGGCAGAGGAGGGUCGUGCAGGUUCGCGUGUCGAGCCGGUCGAGACUCAAGAGGGCUUUGAACUACAAAAUCUAUUGCCGGAGGGAUCCCAGGAACGGAGUGCAGCGCAUGACAAAUCAAACAGACCCAACGAAGAGGACGAUUUGAUUGAGUUGAACGUGCAGGAGGCAUUGAGAAGUUUGAUGAAGAGAAGCCGGACCAGUGCGACAACGACAGCCACCGAGAAUGCUGCGGAGCGAGCAGGAAUUGCCGAUAUCUUGACCAGAAUUGCUGCUGCACGGGCACGAGCUGGCUGAUUGAUUCACGAGUUGGACCGUUGGUGUUACUGGUAUCAGUGGUCCAAGGAUCAAUCAUCCACCCAGCCCUCCAUAUUCACUGAUGCUGGACUGGCCUCUUCCAGCAUUUUCUCAGCUGGCAGCAUGCAAUUCAGAUGCGGCGACAGGGACUGUGUCCAUCACACGACGGCAAUCUGACGGCCAGCCCAGUAAUACCGACUAUCGACUAUCACAGCCCCUCUGUCAUCGGAACCCGGAAUGCGUAGAGUGGCCUAGGCAUCAAAGGAAAGGGUUUCCCUCGUGAGGAGGCCACACCGAAAAAGCAGGCUUCCCGGCUUCCUUGGAGUUGCUUGAAGCAAACAACAUGAAUGACAUUGUAUAGACGCGUACCUACCAACAUGUCUUUGGACGUGUAUAUUGGCUUGACACCUCCUUCUAGGUAAUGAUAGUACUUGGGGUCUAGAACGCCGUUGAGCGCAUGAAGUUGGCCUGAUAGACAGA